ACGAAAGUGUGCGGAAGUUGCUGACAAGAAAUACUUGUACAUCAAAAAUAUUUGAGUGACGGAAUUGACGCAAAAUUUGUAAUGAUAGAAAAUCAAAAUUGAGAAUGUCAGCAUUGUGGAGAGCAUUUUGGGUGCCUUUUCUGCUGAUCAGCACAAAAGUAUACGCCACGUUGUCCGCCCCAUUAGCAACAAAAAGUGCAGUAUAUGCGCCAACUGGAAGUGAAAAUAUCCGGGAAAGAAGCAAAGUUAACAAUUAUUUUUUGCAUGAUCCAUAUGGCCCCGACACCUAUGCCUUUGGCUAUGAAGUCGUAGACCCAGACACGGACAACGUCCAAUUUCGUGAUGAACGUCGUUAUGUGAACGGCAGCGUAGAGGGAAGUUAUGGCUAUGUGCGACCCGAUGGUCUCAUUGAGGUCACGCGCUACAGAGCAGACGAUGUUAUGGGUUAUUUAAGUCAAACCCAGACCUAUUCUCCAGGCGAUAAACGUGCUGAGGCCAUUUGGCCUACACGUCGUCCGGACAUUAUUGCGAAGCGUCCCGACGGCUUGGGAAUAAAGCCCAAUAAUGUGACAUGGGAUGCCAAAAGUCAUUUGAAUGUCAGUGUGAGUGAUGUAGCAGAUGACGUCGCUGAUAAAUUAAAGCAAGAGCACGGCUUGGACUUGAAUCAUAUUGAUGUGGAGCAGGGUGUGCUAGAGCCAGACGUGCUAAACAUCAUCAAUGGCAAAACACCAUUAAAAAAUGAUCCAAAUGGAGACUUGGCGUUUCAAACUGUGCAUGAUUUUAUACCUCCAGAUUUUCCGAUAGUGCCAUUCGAGCUACCGCAAGCAGAGACGUCACAGCGAAUACCAACUGAGGAACACAAAGAAAAGGAGCAAAAGGCAAAAGAAGAAAAUGAGAAUGGCCAGAGAGAAAGCACAUAUGACAAAGCCAAGACAAACAAUGCUGAAAAAGCGCCACAACUGCCCCGAACCACAGCACCACCUCAAGCCACAAACCCCACACUGCUGCCUCCAAAACCAUUAAUCAGCAGCAGUAGCGCCAACAGUUUAGAUGCUGACCAGCCCGAGCCCAAUUGGUACGAGCGAAUCAUUCAAGCAAAUCGUCGUGAAUUCCUCGAACAUUUGCCCAACCUAAGCUAAACUAUGGCUAUGACUGCGGUCAAGUAAAUGUUUGGCAGAAAAUGAAUAGUAAGCAGCAAUGUUUCCUAACUAGCAAUUCAGUUUAUAGUAGGCUGUAGUCUGAAUGCUAUGGAAAGGUGUAUGCACGAGUAUAGUGUGUAUGAAGCACUCAAAUUAGUCAGGCCGCAAACACGCCCCAUUUUCUGUGUAAGCAGCAUUAUUAGGUAAGCACUUCUUUCACUUUUUAUUAGACACCUCCGAUAUAGACAUAAUCGUAAGAAACGUAAGCGAAAACAAUGCCAGCACACAGACACACACACACACACACGCACGUACUAUAUAUUGUGGCCAGCAUAGUUACAGAGAUGCAGAAAAAAUAAAAACAAUAUCUGAGGUAUAAAACUGUAGCGUGCUGGCUGGUGCGCUUUCAUGUUGUCGACAUUUGCAUAAUUUUCAAAUAAUAAAAAAGCACACAAUUUUACACUCA